AGGUAGCAAAAUUUGAUAGGGGCGCAUAAACACCGGCUGGAUUCAAUAGGAGGAACAAAAACCUGGGACUAAAACACGCAAUUAUUUGCUGAAACUACAAGCAGCUGGACUCGACGGUGAUCCUUACGACUACCUUAUGAAUUACAAAGGAAUCAUGUGUUCUUAGAAACUGAAAUGUUGCGCGGAAUUGCGUUUAAUGAUAUUGUAACCAUUCAUUUUGCCCAGUGUUUUACCACUCCGGCAGACGCGUUCCGGCGUGCACACGUGGGAAAGUGACGACACGUGCAUAACCUAUAUACAGUUAUACACUGGCUUAAAUUUGGAGUCUUUAAUGGAUUGAUUUUUGCCCACAUGUACAGAUUUAUGUACUGUGUACAGAGAAAAAAAUUGUACAUGAGUUAGGCUUGGAUUUAUUGCUGGAUUUCCUUUUCAGCUUUUGAUAAAAAAAUGUACUCGGCAUGUGAAAUUUAUUAGCAAUAAAAAAUCAAAUUACGUGCAAUAACCAUUAAAAAAAUUGUGUGCAAGCAAGGACAAUCCUACCACAAAAAAAGAGCUGCUUGUGUCUGAAUGUAAUUAACAUAUUUAAGCAUACCUCGUUUAAAAUGAGAAAAAAGUAAAUGACGCUGAAUUGUAUUUUAGUUAAGUAAUGAGAUGAAAAGUGUUUCGGUAUUAGUUGCAUACAAUCACAAGCGGAUAGUGGGUGAUUUCUAAACAGGCACCGCAAAGAAUACCUAACGACAGUCGCCGUGGUGUCGUGUGUCCAUACAGUGGGUGCUUAUGGUUUGUUGGGUGGGUGUUUAGCUGCUAAAAUGAUACUGGUAAAGUGUCCACACUGUAUCGGAGAGGACAAGGCAUCAGAAAAUACAGAUCACGUGGAGAAAAUCUUGCCGCCGAUGUACAGCCAUCUGUUGUGUCAACAUGAGCUACUGGAAACGUCACUUGAUGCCGAAAACUUCCGAGUGGGUCUAAGAUUGCAGCUGACGACAGAGGAGCAGGUCCUGAAGUGGCUUGAUGACUUCCAGAAAUCUUCUGCUUUAACGUGGAGGAAGUCCAGAACAUACCCCGACUCUGGACGCUACAACAAAUACAGAGUAGAUUUAAGAUGCCAUCACAAAACGUACACUUCAUCCAGACCACCCAAAACAACAACCAAAAUAAUCAAGGCAAGCAAAAAUACCAACUGCCCUGCGACCAUGUUUAUAAUCCUCAAAAGACUCAUGGUAGAGAGAAAGUCCAGAUCUGGAGACCCUCACAUAGAAGAUGGCUACUUUCUCCAUGUCAACCUGAGGAACGAGCAUAACCACAAACUCGCCAGUCCUGAGGUCAUGAGGUGGAGGGACGUGUCGAAUGAAACUAUUGAAAAACUUCACGAGCUCUACAAAAGUGGACACUCUCCCUCAUCUGCACUCAAGAUCAUCAAAUACAAUCUGCAGGAGGAAGAAGGGGAGAAUUACAUUUACGCCAUAGCCGAUCGCUCCAUUUGUCCAGACCUUCAGUUCUGCUACAGGUUAUACCACAAGCUUUUUCAGAAUUCGCUAGCUGCCCCUGCAGCUGAGGAGGUUAAUACAGAGAAGGAUAUUUCAGAGCAGCUUUUUAAGCCCUUGGAGUUGGAGACUCAGUUGGAAACUCAGUUGGAGACUCAGUCAUGGGAAACUACAACAGUGAUAAUUGAACCCACCGCAUGCAUUGAAGAUAGAGUGACUGUGACUGUACCACUGAUCACUGCAGAAGGAGAUUACCUGGAAGAAGUCAGUGAGCCAGGGCAAAUAUCUGUAUGUGCAGGUGCUGGUGAAGAGGUUGUUGGCUCUUUGGACGGACAGCUGGAAGAGAUUUUUGGGAUGUUGAAAAAGAAGCUGAGCGAGGACGCAUCUUUCACACCCCCUAUACGAGCUUUUGUUUCUAAUUUCUUUCAAAUGAAAACUGACAGUGUGCUGCAGUCUGCGCUCUUUUCCUUUGGUAAAACCACAGAGACAACAACAACAACCAAUCAAAUGACUCUUCAACCACCUGCAGGUCCACGGAGGAAAGUGAUUUUAGGAGCCCGUCGAUCUGUCAGUAGACCCCCGAAGAACUUAAGAAGAGAGCACCCGUACUGCAACAGCAGAUCUUUAGACACUACCCAAACCCUUACGUUUUGCUUGCAGCAAAGUAGCACCCUUGAAAAGACAGAUGACGCGCUCAUCCCCAGCAGCCCACCACAGUAAAUGACAUGCAAAUGAAUUUUUUCAAACACAUUCCUGGUCCUUUCGGCAGAAGAUUCAUUAGUUACUCCAAAAAGAAAACGUGUUUUUGUGGUUUUGGUUUGAUGUUAUAACUUACUCUGCAUCUGAAAUUACUGUGGCCGUGUUAAAGGGAUACUUCACCCAAAAAUGAAAAUUCUGUCAUCAUUUACUAACCUUCGAGUUGUUCCAUAUCUGUAUAAAUGUCUUUGUUCAGAUGAACACAGAGAAAGAUAUUUGGAAGAAUGCUUUUAACAGACAGAUUUUGCCCCCCAUUGACUCCCAUUGUAGGAAAACAUACAAUGGUAGUCAAAAGUGCCCCAGAACUGUUUGCUGUCCUACAUUCUUCAAAAUGUUUUUUGUGUUCAAUAGUACAAAAAAAAUGAAGUAAUUUUUCCUACUAUGGGAGGCAAGAUCUGUCUGGCUAUAAGCAUUCUUCCAAAUAUCUUUCCCUAUGUUCAUCAGAACAAAAACAUUUAUACAGAUUUGGAACAACUCGAAGGUGAGUAAAUGAUGACAGAAUUUUCAUUUUUGGGUGAAGUAUCCCUUCAAUGUUAACCGAUUACCAACUAGGUAAUUUUACAUGGUUUUAAUGUAAAUAAUGCCGCCUUAAAAAAAUCUUGACAAUUUUAACUUCGUAAUAUAAUGCUGGUUUAUGGUAAUGAGAUGGGUUAUGAAAAACAGAUUCAGGUCAAAUCUCUUUUCUUUUAUGGAUUGCAGAUAGAUGCAAAAACAUUAUUUACUAACAUUUAUUCAUUCAUUUUUUUCAAGUGAGCAUUACACUAAAACACUAAACGUUUACACUAAAAAUACAAUUACGUUGUGACUUGAAGGUAAACACAGUGUUUCAAACCCAGGUAAGGUGACUGUUACUGUUUUAAUUUGCCAUUUAUUUACAAGAUGUGACUGAAAUAAAAACAAUCCUGUCGCUGUCUCUUUUUAAUGUCCACCUGUUUUUGGGUACAUGAUUGAGAAGCCUGUAACAAGGAUGUUUUUUAUCAUUUUAUUGUAAAUUAUGAUUUAUCGAGUAUUAUGUCUGCUAUAUACAAAUAGCGUAUACAAACAUUGUUUAACAUUAGCCUUGAUCAUGACACUUUCAACAAAUGACAGAUUUUACAAUGAUGGCUAUAACCAAAAUUCACCUGUUUACUGUGCUUACUCAGUAUGGUCAUGCCCUGAUCUAGCUUUCUUUGCAGUAUGGAUACUGCGAGCAAAAAGUGUACUCGUGCCUUUUCAAUAAAAACAAGUAUCUCAACU